AUGGUCGACGAUUUUUUAAACCUACAUCAAUCAUCAUAUUUAGACAACCAAGACGAUGAUUUUUAUGAUGAAAAUGUUGAAUACACUGAUGAUGAUUGGCAAUGGGAAGAAAGACUUCGUCUUAUAAACGAAUUUUCAAAUUGGACUAGUGGUGAUGAUGGAUUAGAUAGAUUUAUUCAACAAACUCAAUUAGAAACCCCUGAUCCGCGUUAUCAUAUGCAAUGGAUACCUUUUGAAAACUUUAGUGACAUAAAAUUUGUUGCUAAGGGAGGUCAUAGUUCCGUAUUUUCUGCGACUUGGAUAAAUAAAACUGACCAAGUUUGGGACGGUGCCAAACAAGCAUUUGUAGAAAAGCCUCUCGUAGUUGCUCUAAAAUCUCUUAAAAAUUCUCAAAUACUUAGUGAGGAAUUCUUAGAUGAGUUUAAGCGUCAUGGUAGUCUCAAACUCGAUGGUUGUGGUCAUAUUGUUCAUUGUCACGGUGUGACACGCAACCCAGAGACACUAGAAUAUAUGAUGGUUAUGAAUUAUGCUGAAGAUGGUAAUCUUAGACAUUAUAUGCAAAAGAAUAUGUCCACUCUUCGUUGGAAGGAUACCGUUGAAAUGUUAUGUAACAUAGCAAUGGGUCUUCUAAAUGUGCAUAAAAAUGAAAUUGUAGAUAUAUUAUUAUCACCAUAUGAUUAUCAACGUAGUCUUCUUGGAUUAGAUGAAUUUGCAAUAAAUAGCACAAAUGAUUUUGAUGAUGUUGAUUUGUUUGAACAAACCUUAGCAUCACGCAUAUCAAAUACAAAAUACCCGGUCGCUCCGGACAUACAUCCUUUUGCAAUUUAUAAUAGUCGUUUCUUAUUAUUCCCAAAUUUACCAACACCACAAAAUUCAUUCUUAGUCGUGGAUCCGCCAAUAACGGCAUCAUAUCUUGAUUGUAUGUAUAUUUUGAAUGUAUUUGAAAAAAAAAUUUUCACUACUGAAGAUAAUACUGAUUAUUUCAAUUUUUCCUUUUCAGUCAAUGAUAACUCUUUACAGAGUGAUGAUGAUGAUGAAAUAACGUACGAAGAAUAUAACACCAAUUAUCCGCCAGAAUUUUCUGCAAUACCUAAUUACGAAAGAGAAACGAACAAACAUUUUCGAAAAAUUACUCGUCUUCAAAAAGCAAUUAAGGAACAUGAUUUUGUCUUUUCUGAAGCUUUCCACGCCGUAACCUCUGCAGGAGACGCAUUGGUGUUAAUUGAAUUAAGUUGGACCUCUCCAAAGACAGAAAAUAUGGCGUCUUUGAUUUUUGAAGAUAAUACGCUCCUCAACGAACGAUGUCUUCGUGAUGAAAGCAUAAUAGUCAAAUACAAAAAUGGAGAAAUUGAUAUAAAAUUUGUGGACUUUGAUUGGGCAGGAAGAGAAGGGGAGGAAAUGUAUCCUGAAAGUCUGAACCCUACUAUUAACUGCAUGUAG